CUUUACCACUUUUCCUAAAAAUGUUGCUCUCACUCGUAACUCAACAUUCUCUGUUCAUGGCAGUUGUUGUUGUCCUUUGUCGGAUCUGGAGAUCCCGUAACUGGGUGGUCUUUGAUGGUAAACAAUUCUCGAUCCCUGCCUUGAUGCGACAGUUUAAUCAACGGCUCCAGGAGUGGGUGACUUUGUCGGUGGAUACGCUGGUCCAGUCUGCUUCCCCUUCGAUUAACAGCAUAGGACCUGGUGGGUCUACUUUGGCCAUUUGUAUGUGGGAUGGGACAACUUGUCGUGGAUCUCAUUCGGCUGGCAAAAUGGUUAUUCUAGGCCCUGAUAGGGAAGUCCUCUCGGUGGCAGGGAUUCAGAUUCCUUUGAUUGAUGACCCUAUGGUGGUAGAGUGUCCAGUCCUCAGAGAGGCCAUUCUAUGGUGCCUGGGACUUGGCUUUACGGAAGUGCGGUUUGAAGGUUAUGCUAAAACGUUCAUUGAUGAACUCUUACGGGCGGAUGUUCGUGAUAAUCGCAUGGGGGUUAUCUUGGAGGAAAUUAUGCGUCUUUUCGCUUUUUACUCUGGCUUUCUGUUCGAUUUGUAGGUCGGAGUAGUAAUAGGGUAGCCUAUUUGGUGGCUCAGAAAGCCCUCGCAUUGUACCCGAUUACGAGUCAUUAUUUGAUUUUCAGGCUUGGCUGAAUUACAGGGUGUACCGAUCUAUUCUUUGAAUCAAUAUAUGAUUAUCUUUUGUUAAAAAAACUAAUUGAGCAUGAAACUUGUUACAUGAACCUGCUUUGAACAUUUGAUAACCCAGGGAACCUCAGCCCCACGUGCCGCUUGAGCGACAGCGGGGCCUACUAAACCACUAGGGGUACCUGCAUGCUAACCGGGGCUUUCUGCUACCAACAUCGGGGAGGCUUCGCCUCCGAUACCAAGGGUGCCGCCGGGAACGCUCAAAUGGCGUCACUGGAAAAUCGAACUCAGGACCUCCCACAUCCAGAACUUAAUUGAUCCAGUGGUUUCACCACCAGGCUAUGUUCAAAGAAAUCAAUUAGAGAAGCAAUUAAAGGAAGACUCAUUAUAGAGGCUGCUCAAGAAAUCUCAAAUCGAAGC